GAGGUUCGAUUGACCCGCCUGGCGGGACCGGCGAGCCCAGGCGGCUGUUAACGCGCGCUUCGGGAAGAGCCAGGUUAAGCCGGCGUGCCGGGAGCACCUUGGUCUCAGCUGUUUUUUUAGCUCCGUCUGGGGUUCCCCUCCCAAGCCUGGGUCUGUUACUUGUCCUGCCUGGAUCCCUGCUCGGCCUCCCUCCGUCCGGACCUCGCCUCUGGGAAACCCCCUUCUCUGGGCUCGGGCGCCUCGCCUCCCCAGGUCCCCGAUUUCCACCCCAGCCUCUCUCUCCUGGCCUGGGAUUUCCACCCCAGCCUCUCCUGGCCUGUAAUUACCCUUCCCCCGCCUUUCCCCCUAACUACCUCCUUCCUUCAUGCCCACCUGAGGCCAUUGUACCGACUCCACUUUGCCCAGCCGUCCCAGAUCUCUGCUUGGUUGGCCUGCUCUCCGGCCUCAGCUAACUGGCCACUCAGGUUUGGGCCCAAACCCCAGGCACUGGCUGAAUUCCCUCCACCCAUCCUCCUCUUUAAUUAGACACGUUCUCGCUAAUGUAGCAGGCCGCCCUCUACUGGCCCUGGUUCUGCAUUUUCAGCUUCUGAGUGCCUUGGUCUUUUGGCUGAUGGGUACCUGAUAUUUAUGCUCCUGGCUCUAGGAUGAGGAGGAGCUUAGCUCCCAGCCAGCUGGCCAAGAGAAAACCGGAGGGCAGACCUUCUGAUGAUGAAGAUUGGCAGCCUGGGACUCCUAAGAAACGGAAAUCCAGCAGUGAGACCCAGAGCCAGGAGUGUUUCCUGUCUCCUUUUCGGAAAGCUUUCACCCAACUAACGAAUCGACCACUCUGUCUGGACAGCAGUCAGCAUGAAGCAUUUAUUCGAAGCAUUUUGUCAAAGCCUUUCAAAAUCCCCAUUCCAAAUUAUCAAGGUCCGCUGGGCUCUCGGGCAUUGGGCCUCAAAAGGGCUGGGGUCCGCCGGGCCCUCCAUGACCCCCUGGAAGAAGGUGCCUUGGUUCUGUAUGAACCUCCCCCGCUGAGCGCCCAUGACCAGCUGAAGCUUGACAAGGAAAAACUCCCUGUCCAUGUGGUUGUUGAUCCUAUUCUCAGUAAGGUCUUGCGGCCUCAUCAGAGAGAGGGAGUGCAGUUCCUGUGGGACUGUGUCACCAGUCGGCGCAUCCCCGGCAGCCAUGGCUGCAUUAUGGCUGAUGAGAUGGGCCUGGGCAAGACACUGCAGUGUAUCACGUUGAUGUGGACGCUUUUGCGCCAGAGUCCAGAGUGCAAGCCAGAAAUUGACAAGGCAGUGGUGGUGUCGCCCUCCAGCCUGGUGAAGAACUGGUACAAUGAAGUUGGGAAAUGGCUUGGAGGGAGGAUUCAACCUCUGGCCAUCGAUGGAGGCUCUAAGGACGAGAUAGAUCAAAAGCUGGAAGGAUUCAUGAACCAGCGUGGAGCCAGAGUGCCUUCUCCCAUCCUCAUCAUUUCCUAUGAGACAUUCCGCCUUCAUGUUGGAGUCCUCCAGAAAGGGAGUGUUGGACUGGUCAUAUGUGACGAGGGACACAGACUCAAGAACUCUGAAAAUCAGACUUACCAGGCCCUGGACAGCUUGAACACCAGCCGGCGGGUGCUCAUCUCCGGGACUCCCAUCCAGAAUGAUCUCCUUGAGUAUUUCAGCUUGGUACAUUUUGUUAAUUCAGGCAUACUGGGAACUGCCCAUGAGUUCAAGAAGCAUUUUGAGUUGCCAAUUUUGAAGGGUAGAGAUGCAGCUGCCAGUGAGGCAGAGAGGCAGCUAGGAGAGGAGCGACUGCGGGAGCUCACCAGCAUUGUGAAUAGGUGUCUGAUACGGAGGACAUCUGAUAUCCUGUCUAAGUAUCUGCCUGUGAAGAUUGAGCAGGUGGUUUGUUGUAGGUUGACACCGCUUCAGACUGAAUUAUACCAGAGGUUUCUGAGACAGGCCAAGCCAGCAGAGGAGUUGCGUGAGGGCAAGAUGAGUGUAUCUUCCCUGUCUUCCAUCACCUCACUAAAGAAGCUUUGUAAUCACCCAGCUCUCAUCUAUGACAAGUGUGUGGAAGAAGAGGAUGGCUUUGAAGGUGCCUUGGACAUAUUCCCCCCUGGUUAUAGCUCCAAGGUUCUAGAGCCCCAGCUGUCAGGUAAAAUGCUGGUCCUUGAUUACAUCCUGGCGGUGACCCGAAGCCGCAGCAGUGAUAAAGUAGUGCUGGUGUCCAAUUACACCCAGACACUGGACCUCUUUGAGAAGCUCUGCCGGGCCCGAAGGUAUUUGUAUGUCCGCUUGGAUGGCACCAUGUCCAUUAAGAAGCGAGCCAAGGUUGUAGAGCGCUUCAAUAGUCCAUCGAGUCCUGACUUUGUCUUCAUGCUGAGCAGCAAAGCGGGGGGCUGUGGUCUCAAUCUCAUUGGGGCUAACCGUCUGGUCAUGUUUGACCCUGACUGGAACCCGGCUAAUGAUGAACAAGCUAUGGCUCGGGUCUGGCGUGACGGUCAAAAGAAGACCUGCUAUAUCUAUCGCCUGCUGUCUGCAGGAACCAUCGAGGAGAAGAUCUUUCAGCGUCAGAGCCACAAGAAGGCACUGAGUAGUUGUGUGGUGGAUGAAGAGCAGGAUGUGGAACGACACUUCUCUCUGGGCGAGCUGAAGGAGCUGUUUACCCUGGAUGAGGCUAGCCUCAGUGACACACAUGAUAGGUGGGUGGAGUGCCCUUGUAGCCAUUAUCUGAAUUUUCCUUAUAGCUUGGAGAUGGGGUGUACAGUGACCACAGCUUUGUCCUCUGCCCCCAGGUUGCGCUGCCGCCGCUGUGUCAACAACCACCAAAUCAGGCCACCCCCUGAUGGUUCUGACUGCACCUCAGACCUGGCUCAAUGGAACCAUAGCACUGAUAAGCGGGGGCUCAGGGAUGAGGUACUCCAGGCUGCCUGGGAUGCUGCCUCCACUGCUAUCACCUUCGUCUUCCACCAGCGUUCCCAUGAAGAGCAGCGGGGCCUCUGCUGAUAACUAGUCUUGGUGCAGCUGUUAAGAGGGAGGAGACAGGAAGAGGGGCUCCUUGCUCCAUAGGCCCCUGCUGGAUUUUGUUCUCUGGGAGAAAAAUCAUCAAGAAGGGCUGCAUGAUGUUUGCCCAAAAUUUAUUUUAUAAGAAAAACUUUUUUGGUUAAAAAAAAGAAAGGAAUAAAGGUAUGAAAGGGACUGAGGCCUGGGAACAGCAUGUUGAGCCCAGCAUAGAAGAGGCCUGGUGGUGGGCACUCCUAUAUUUCUCUAAAGCUUGGGUACCUGCUUGAGGUGGGAAAGCAGGAACCCCAGAGCAGGGGGAGGGGGGCUGUCCUCAGUGACUGAUGACCACUGUAACCUCCUGUCUCAGGGUUCUCAGGUUGCUGAGUAAGAGACCCAAAGCCUCUGAACCCAGUUCUGGGAAUGCCUUUGCUGGGCCCCACCAAGGCCUCCAGAACCUCAGUGCAAGGGAAGAAGGAAAAUAGAGGAAAACAAGGUGGCAGAAAGAGAAAGACAGAAUUGGUUGGGAGUUCUGGGCAGCCCAUGCCUCAGCCCUUGCAAGCUGAUGAUACUGAGCAUGGACCUGUGAGGCAUGGGGCCCCAUCACAUGGUGCUGACAUAAUCUGCGAAAGCCUGGGAUGAGUCCCACGAGUCGCUAACCACAUGGCAGGUAGCCCGGAGCCGCCGGAUAGCUUCUCUGGCUGUGACUGCAUCCUGGUCCAGCCAAUUCUGGAAGAGGCGCAGGUGACCAAAGGCUCCACGGCCCCAGCGCUCCAGCCGCUUGGCAAACUCCAGAAGCCCAUCUGGCUUGAUGCAGUUGGAACUGGUAGGGAUGAGAUGGGUUAGACACCCAGAAAGCAACUAAUCUCUGGUCUGUGCUCCUGCAGGUCUAUCCUGUGUUUCCUCCCCUCCUCCCAACCCCCAAUGUAUACCUGAUGUCCAGCUGACACAGAGAGGAGGACGAAUCCUCUGAGAAAACAUCUGCCAAGGCCAGCAGGCCAGCAUUUCCUAGGGAGAAGGGGAGAAAUGCUGGUAAACACUCAGGGUAGGGAAUAAGGGUAUUCCAGCCUAUUUCUGGCUGGGGAGGAGCCCAGCCUUCUGAAGUCUCAGCACACAACUAUAUUGUAACCCCCCCAUGCUCCCACUGAGUUUCUAGGUCAAAAGACUGGCUCCCCCCCCCCCCCCCCCUUCCCUCUCCAUUCCCAGGGCCUUGCCCCCACCCAGGCGAUUCCCUGGCAGCCGGAGGCCCUUCAAUGUGGAGUUGCCCUUCAUAGCAGCAACCAUCUCAGGCAGAAAUUGGGCCGGGCGCUUCUCAAACAGACGGCAGAAGGAGAAGGUAAUCUCUGUCAAGAGAAAUUAGAAUAAAUUCUGAUGGCUGCAUUAGGAUUGGUGCUGCCCCUCCUGCCCCAGUUGGCCUUAGCAAAGGGUGUGAACAUUUUAUAGAGGCCCAGAAAGAGAGAGGAAUUUAUCCAAGACCCCCAAUAAGGCUAGAACCAAAUCAAGAUUCAAACCACAGAUUAAGCCUAGAUAUUCACUUAGGAAGGUUCUCUGCAUGGGCAAAAGUCUCCAUUCACUUUCAAGUCUAUGAGGAGAACCUGUUAGCACAUUAAUCUCUCCACUACCAUCAUUUCUGUCAGCCACUAAAAGGUAAAAACUUUUGGGUGAGGCACUUUUUAGAGUAAUUUUAGGAGUAAUUUUCCAUGUGUAGUAUAGGAGGAGUUGAGUUUGGGAUCUUUUAGGAAGAAGGCCAAGCAGGCUCUAUAAUAUUAUAGUUGACCUAAGGCCAAUAUAGAAACUGGCUCACUCAGUGAGACAGUGGCAGAGCCACAAUAAGCAUUCAGGAAUGCACAGGUUCUGGAUAAAAAACUUACCUUGAAGAGUUAGAUUCUGUAGCAAAAAGAGCACCUCGCUCUGACAGUCAGCCAGAUUCAUGUCGUGGAAGCUCAGUUUCUUCAGGGCUAGGUUGUACUCUGGAUGGGGGCAUAGGCCAUGGGCCUUAUUAGCUUUUCCAACAAAUAAUGCAAGGUUCCGUCUGCCCUCCUUUACCACUCUGGUUCUUACCUUUGAGUGUCUGCAACACAAGCCCAAAAUCCUGGGGAGAGGCAAAGGUGGUGCUAUCCAGGGACAGCUGCUGCAGAGAACCUGAGGCCUUCAGUACAGAGCAGAGCAGUGGGGCUGACUGGGCUCCUCGUGGAAACCCCAUCUCCAGCUGUUCCAGGCAGUUUUCUGGAUAUGGUAAGGAAAGACUUCAGCUGGCCAUCUACUUCACCCGCAUAGCAGGUCCUAUUCUGACCUUAAGGGAUUCACUAAAGUCAUGUGUACUUGUCCAUGAGUACCUAUAUUAUAUGCUAGGCACUGUCUUAGGUUCUGGGAAUAGAGCAGUACAUAUGAAAUUUAGUCGUUAUCUUCAUGGAGCUUUUAGUCCAGGAAGACUAGACUAAUUGGACAAGCAAAUACAACAAAGUGUGCAGAGUGGUGGCAUAGGAGACAUACAGGAGUUCAGGGAAUAUACAUACAGCAGGAGGACCUAAUUUAGUUUAACAAUUGUUCUUGGUUCAGACCCCUUUUCUGAAGUCUGAUCUGCCAUGGUCACUCCUUAUUAGGUUUGUAGUCUGGGCCCUUAAGAAUAGCAGGAUAAAGGGAAUAUUUCAGAUAAGCCAGGUGGCAGGGCUGAAUUUGAGAUCUUCCCACCUUCCCCACACAAAUGCACCUGCACAUUUGUGUAGAGACAGACACACACACACAGUGCUUCACCUGGUAUCUCUUCAUCCCCAAUUAUGUGGCUAGGGGGCCCUGCAUUCCCUGGCACAGCAGGGUUGUCCCUUUGGCUGGGGUGAUCAACACGAAUAGAGAGGACCCGCAGCAGGGGCAGGGCUCGCACAAUGGCACGUGUCAGCUCCAGGAUGGGCAGUGGUGAGAACAGGUCACUGAGAUGCAGGGCACGGAGGCGGCAUCCAGCCUGGCCUGACAGGGCCCGCAGGCUGUCCAGCAGGCGAAAGAUGUUAGAGCCCAGGCCUAUAGCAGGAAAGAGUCAUGUGGGAGUGUCAGCAAGGGUAGCAUUCAGAGACAACUCCAAAUAUUCCUAUUGAUAACUCUAAAAUCUUGAACUUUGGGUCAGAUUAUUUAAAAUCACUUGUCUCAACUAUGCUAUCUUGCUUUUUUCCUCAGGUAACCAGCAAACUGAUGUCUACUGUACUGGGUUAUGCCUUCAAACAUCAGUCAGGCAGUCAUAAAACAAGACAGGAUAUGGUGAGGCAGCAUGUAGCUGCCAGCUGUAUGAUAGACCUAGACAGCAGCAGAGGUCUCGACUUUUUCUGCAAGUCAUGGGAAACAUCUGAGAACCAAGGACAAUAAUCCAAUAGGGACCACUUUAAAAAUGUAUUCGGUGGGAAUGGGGCAAAAAAGGAUAAACACAUCCCACAGAAAGGAGUAGGAUCCAGAAGGUUACAAAAGUUGCUUAAUGCCACAAAGCAAAUAAUUCUGUGGAAUCUGCUUGCUUAUUUCAUUCAACUAAACCAGAACUUGGUAAAUAAGGUAGGGUUUUGUUUUUAAAUCUGCACUUGAGGAUAUUUUGCCACUUAUUUUUUUUUUUUUUUUUUUUUAAGAGAGAGAGAGAGACAGAAAUAUCAAUGUGAGAGGUAACAUCGAUUGGUUGCCUCCUGCACGCGCCCUGACCAGGGCCCGGACUGGGGAGGAGCCUGCAACUGAGGUACAUGCCCUAGACCUGAAUCGAACCUGGGACCCUUUAGUCUGCAAGCUGAUGCUCUAUCCACUGAGCCAAACCGGCUAGGGCAAUAAGGUAGGGUUUUUUUUGCUAAGACAGUAGUGAGCAACAGAUCUUGUUCCUGCCUCUAUAGCCUGAUAACAAAAAACAUGAUGGGAACUGGGUAAGUAAAGUACUGUGGAAGUACAAAGGAUGCGUACAUAAGACCUAGUUCAGCUUACGUCAAUAAAGGUUUCCAGCUGAGUCCUAAAAAACAAAGGAGCUUGGUCGGUGUGGCUCAGUGGUUGAGCAUCAACCCAUGAAUCAAAAGGUCACUGGUUUGAUUUCCACUCGGCAAAUGCCUGGGUUCUGAGCUUGACCCCCAGUAGGGAGCAUGCAGGAGACAGCCCAUUGAUGUUUCUCUCUAUAUAUCCCUCUCAAAAUUUUUUUUAAAAACAUUCUUUUCAAUAAACAUAAAGGAGAUAGACUAAAUGGAGGGAGAAGAGUUAUAGUGGCACAGAGAACCUGGUAUAUAUAAGGCCUGAAGAAGAGUGGCAGGUUCUAAGAACUGAAAAAUCAGUGGCUGGUGUAUGGGGGUAAAAUGUUCAAGAUAGAGGUAAGCAGCGGUGAAAACAAGAUGACCCUGUAAGCAAAAUUAAGAUAUAUGGUGACAGGAAACCACUGAAGGGUUUUUAAAUUAAAAAAUGAUUUAAGUUUUUGAGAAAAAAAAUGCUUGGACUUCAGCAUAGACAGUGGAUUGCAUGGUGAGUAUGGACUCAGGAGGAACUGCUGAAGUGAUGAAUCCAGGUGAGAAACAAUAACUCUGAAUGAAGGAUGUGGAGAGGAAUAAAUGGAUUUGAGAAAUAAGACUGUAAAGAUAGGACCUGGUAACCAAAUAUAUUUGAAGUAAGAAAUAAUGCAGGUUUCUUUUUCAGCAACUGAGUCAACCGUGAUGUCCAUUAAGAGAAGGGGCAUCAUAGAGGGAAGAAGAUACAUUCAGGUUGGGGAGCUUGUGGUUUAUGAAAUGAUAUCUAGUAAUCAAUUGGAUGAAUAUGUCUCGAGCUUAAAAGAAAGAUCUGAACUAAUGUUAGAACAGGGGCGGUCUUAAGCAUAGUUGGCCUUUGAAACCAAGGGAAUGGACAGAAUUGUCCAGGAAGUGUGUAAAGUGGGAGAGCUCUGACCAUUAGGAAAGAGAGAAACAUCCAGAGAAAAGGGUUUUGAGGAAGUGGGAAUGAGAAUAUUUCAUGAGGAACACUGCUUAAUGGCAAAUGCUGCCAAGAACUAAUGUGAGGACUGAAAGGUAUAUAUUGAAUUUAGCAACAAAGGAAGACCUUGCUGACAGAUCUUUGAUGUAUCGUGGGUAUGCAAGCAAGACUGGAUGGGCUGUGAGAGGAAACAGGUGACUCUUGAGGUUGUGAAGGGCAAGAGAAAAUAGGUCUAGUUAAUAUGGGAUAGAGACGUGGUGGUGGUAGAUUUUGGUAAAUACCCAACUGAAUGUUUAAAUGGUGGGGGAGGGACAGUGGAGAGAAGGGAGGCAACAUUAAGUAGUGGUUUAAAAGCAUGGACUCUGGAGCCAGGUUGGUUGUGUGGGUUUCAAUCCUGGCUCUACAAUGUACUACCUGGGUAUCCUGGGCAAGUUACUUAACCUCACAGGGUUGUUGUAAGGAUUAAAUUAACAUAAUGGGAAUACUUAAAGUAUGCUUGGCACAUACUAAGCAGUAUAUGAAAGCUCUUCAUACUAAGAAACAAGCUUUCCUAAGAAGGUGAGAGGGUAUGGGUCCAGAGCACAGACAAGAGUUAGCUUUAGCCCUGGCUGGUUUGGCUCAGUGGAUAGAGCGCCAGCCUGCGGACUGAAGGGUCCCAGGUUUGAUUCUGGCCAAGGGCACCAAAAAAAAAAAAAAAAAAAAAAGCUUUAGACAGGAUGGUUCUCUCUUCCACUGUGGUGGAGGAGAGUUUGUAGGCUGGCUAAUAAAUUGAAGGGGUUUAUGUGUGGUGGUGUCUGUUUUAUCUGAAGUAGGAGGUAAGGUCACCUACUAGUAAGAAAGGAAGGGAGGUAAAGGUUUGGAAGUGGCAGAAUGGGAGCUGAUGUUGCAAACACAGGAUUUAUCUAAGGUUGAUAACUACAGUAGCACCAAUAUACAUAGUUGUAUGAUUUUCUCUAGCAAUGCUCGGCAAACUAGGCAAAUUGCUAAAUUUAGCCAGAAUUAACUUUGCCUAGCUGGGCACAACCAGGUAGGAAAGAAUUGCUUUGCAGGUUGCUGGUCUGAUAAAAUGCCCCACACCUCUGCCCUGGCUGGUGUGUCUACGUGGUUAGACUGUCUGCACACAGAAAGGUUGCAGGUUCAAUUUGUGGUCAAGGAAACGUACCUGAUUUGUGGGUUACCUCCCCCUCCCACCAACCCCUCCCCACCCCACUGGGUUGCAGGCAGGAUGCAACCGGUUGAUGUGUAUCUCACCUCAAUAUCUGCCCCUCCACUCCCUCUGAAAAAAUAUCUUUGAGUGAGGAUUUAAAAAAGAAAAAAGUCCCACGCUUCCUUGUCUGUACAGCUGCUUUUAUAUGCCUAGUGGGAUCCAGCUUCAGUCCUGGCUGGGCUUGCAUACAUUAUUCCCACUGGCCCUUGACCUACCAUAUAUAAAAUGUACUCAUUUUUCAGGUUCUCAUUGCCCCUCAGGAACCCUUCCAACUACUAAGCAUGCCUGCAGACCCCAUGUUCUUCCCUAACACCAACAGCCUGCCACGUUAUAUGCCUUCUGCCUCCCUGUGAGGCAGGCAGGACCACAUACCCCAGGUAUUCCUCCAUAGGAUUGGGCAUACAUGUGCUGCUGGAAGACCCAAACCCUGGCCCUCUGGAGCACUCACCAUUAUAGGAUAGUGUGAGGCUUUCCAGAGACACCCAGGAGCUCAGCAGGUGGCACAGUGUCAGAGCUGCCUCUGUUGAGAGUGGGACUGUGAAGAGCUCCAAGGUGGAAAUGCUGCGGAAUCGUUGGGAGGCCUCCAGCACUGGAAGCCCCAGGCAGCUGGGAUCUGACCCAUCCAAAGCUCCACAAGCCACUUCCCCAAUCUCCAUCUCUUCCCCAUCUUCCUUCUCACCAGCCACAAUGAAAACAAAGUCAUAUAGGUCUUCAGACUCUGCACCAGACCCCUGACGAGUGCGAGCACCCUUUUUCCCUGUGGCUCGCUUAAAACGCUUUAAGGGCUUAGGCUGUGGGGUUGAGCUAGCUGGAGCCCUUUUGGAUGCGGAUGUGGAAGAAGAAGGAGAGGCAGAUGAGGUGGCUGGAGCAGAGGGUGGCUGCUUGGUGCCAGGAGCCUCAUUGGAGGUGGCUGGAGGGUGCAGCUCCCUCUUACGGUCUAUCCCACCUGCUCUCAGGCUCUCCUGUGUGCUCCGGCGUGUAACCCGAGUGGUGGGUGGGGCUCUGGCCAUCUGCUUGGCUUCACUCUUCCGACGGGAAGCCAUCAGGGCUGCAGCGCAUCGCUCAGCAGCAUCCCUGCGAGGCCUGCGUGAGCCCAGCAGGAGGGAGCUUUCAUCUCGGGAUGGGGCCCGGCCUCGGGAGGCCUCUCCACAGAGGCGACAAGGAGGGCCACCAGGGCCUGGCUGCCAGAAGCCAGCACUCAUGGUGAGGAUAAGAAUGAAAAGGGCUGACUCGGGCACAGGCCAGGAGUAUAGUGACACCUGGUUGACAGCCCCAUGGUGAAUAAGCUGAUGCAACAGCUGUCGAAGUGAUUGCUGAGCAGCCACAUCAGAGAAUAGCAGGUGGCGAAACUUGAGGGUGUGCAGGGAACUGGCCAGGGUCUCCAGAACCCUGCGGUUUGGCUCAGCCACCAGCUCAGUUGCACCCUGCAGCAUGUUGCAGAUGGUGAGCUGCCGGACAUGGCGGGAGCUAUGCAGAAGCGGUGAGAAGCGCUGGUCACAAAGACGCCUGUCAGAAGACACAUCAAUGGUUCCACGUAGAACAUGGGAAAAAAAGGCCUCCAUAAACUUGGCUCGCCAACACGUCACGCUCUGAAAGCAGAGAACAUGCCAGACAGUUGUGAUACUAAGUGCUACCCAUGGAACCAUCAUCGUACUAGUUUCCUCCUAGCUAUUUAUUGUGCCAGGCAACAUUCUAAGUAAUUUAUACAAAUUCAUUUAAUCCUCACAUCUCUGGGGCAUGUAUUACUACUAUAAGCCUCAUUUUACAGGUUAAAAAGAAAAAGGCACAAAGGUUAUUGACUGUGAUUACACAGGGAAGUGGCAGAAUCAAGAUUUGAGUCCAGGUCCUGGCAGGAUAGCUCAGUUGGUGAGAGCAUCAUCCUGAUACACCAAGGUUAUGGGUUCAAUCCCCAGUCAGGGCACACACAAACAUUUACCAAUGAGUGCACAAAUGAGUGGAACAACAAAUUGAUGUUUCUCUCUCAAACACCCAGUAAGAAAGUUUUUU